UCUCUCUCUCUCUCUCUCUCUCUCUCCCGAAUCACUCUCCCGGAACCCUUUUAUUUUCACCAUCUCCGUCUCUCUUAGAAUUUUCUCAUCAUCGACUACGCCACCGACGUAGCUACUCUUCGAAGCACUCUUCUUCGUUACUGCGAUCCCCACCGAGAGUAGUCGCAAGAAGAACAAUUGAUAUUAGCGUGAUUAUUAGUUGGUCAUUUUUUCCAUUUUGAAGAGCAUAACUCGAGUAAAUAAUAGUUGAGAAGAGAGACGCAUCACAGCGAUGUUUUCGUUGUUUUAUGGACUCUGGAAGUAUAUGCUCAGCAAGACAGAGUUUCAUGUUCUUAUUCUUGGAAUUGAUAAGGCUGGAAAAACUACGUUGUUGGAGAAGCUGAAGUCAAUAUAUUCGAAGAUGGAAGGGCUCCCACCUGACCGCAUUGUUCCCACCGUUGGGCUUAAUAUUGGCCGCAUUGAAGCUGCAAAUGCAAAACUUGUAUUUUGGGACUUAGGAGGUCAGGUUGGCCUGCGCACAAUUUGGGAGAAAUAUUAUGAGGAGGCUCAUGCCAUAAUAUAUGUUAUCGAUGCUUCUUCUCCAUCAUCAUUUGAAGAUGCAAAGUCUGCACUGGAAAAAGUGCUUCGGCAUGAGGAUCUGCGGGGGGCACCACUUCUUAUAUUGGCAAACAAGCAGGAUCUACCAGGAUCUAUCUCAGCUGAAGAUGUGGCAAGGUACUUGGAUCUUAAGGAGUUGGACGAGAGGUUAUACAUGUUUCAAGCUGUAUCUUCAUAUGAUGGGACGGGGAUAAAAUUCGGCAUCGACUGGUUGGUGGAGGUCAUGGAAAGAAGCAAGCGAACAGAAAUAUUAAGAGUACGGGCAGGUGCAGCGGGACAUGUUUAGCACUUCCUCUCUAUUUGGUCUCGAAGAACUUCUCGAGCAAAAGAUAUAGGUGAGUACAUACUGUUUGGUCACUUAGAAUUGGCAUUCCUUGCUGUAUGCAUUUUAUUUGAGUCUGCGAUCCGUUGAUACCAUGAUUCUUGUUGUUCUUUGACGAUCCAAUUCCUACUUACUGUUGAAAAUUUUCAUCUGCAACUCUCUUCUUUUUUUUUUCGUCUUUUUUCCAACAAUCAGGUGAUCCUUAAAUCAUUCACCUUUAUACUUUGGCUUGUAUUGUACUUUUACAUUGAUACAUGUUGGUAGGUAUUUUAUAUAUACGGUAAAAAGUCAA